GGGAAUUUGAUUGAUUGAAAAUUUGACUCCCAGAUCGCAGCCGCUCGCCCCAUGCUCUUCGGGUUGCCCCGACUGAUUGGCUAUCGGAUUCGGGUCUCAUGUACCUCAGAACUGCGCUUUCUUCCUGACCCGUGAGCAACUCAAUCCUUUUUCGUCGUACCAACCAUUGUGUACAACCGAUUUACCGCAACCAUACUAGCUCAUUCUAACCCUUUCGUUUUCCCCUACGGAGUACAUUGCAAUGGAGCCAGAUCGCAAAAUCGAGGACUUCAAACGCCAAUCCGUUGAAUGUCUUGAUGGCGUGUAUGAAGAAAUUGAAAGCUUUGCCGACGAUGUCUAUAUCCUGAGCGACGAGCACCUGCAAGCGCUCAACAUACGGAACCUUGCGCCGCUCGACGUGGAGGAACAUUCUGUCGAUUUUGGCCCGCGGUUCUUCUACCCUCGUUUCACACUCGAACAAGCACAGCAAAAGACGGUCGAAUUCGUCGCCGAACGUGGAGCGUCUGGUGGCCUCCCCGCCUGGCCAAAGAGAUGCCGGCGGGGCUCUUCUCUUACAUUAGACCGGCAUCCGCUUUGCUGUCCCAUGACACAUGCCGCUUUCAGACUGGAAUGGUUCUUGGAGAUGACAGGGAUGGGAUGUUGUCAUCCCGACGAAGUAACAUGCCCGGCGGUCUGGCAUGGCUUGGGCUGGGAUUGCCUACACACGUGCAACUUGGUUCCCCCUGGAUGCAACCAUCCAAUUCGUAACCCGCGCGGUACGCUUGUCGGAGAUCCCCCGCGCCCGUAUAGCUUCCAUGUUAGCAUGGUCUUCCUCAUUCAGGAUCCCUCAGCGGAUAAGCCACACAUUGGAGCCACGGUUCUGGACAGCACCGAGUCGGGUGAGCAAGAUGCCUUGCGGAGCGAGGUGGCCGCUGCCAUUUGGCUCCUGAAGCAACAAUUCCGUCGAGGUGACUUUCGCCAACACCAUACUUUGCCCGCUCUCGUGUUUUCUUUUCAACAUGAUCAGUUCGGCCGGAUCACGCAGUUCCACUUCAAUGGCCAAUCCCUCAUGUUGCGUCAGUCCCGGCUUCUCAACUUCCGAAGCGACGAACCAACAACCGAUGCGUACCACAUGCUUCGGUGGAUAGCCAACCAGCCAAUGGGCGAGACGAGGUUUCUCAAACCUGGAGCGAACAUGGUGAAGGAGCCUGAAGUCGAUACGGACAAGCCAGAUGGGAGAUUGCCUGCUAACGUGCCCUCAUCUGAUAUCCAAUGUCCUGGUGUCUAG